GGGGCGUGGAGCCCACCGCGGCUGCGGCGGACCCCGGCCCGGCCCCUCCGGUUGUCCCACCCCCGGCCCCGGCUCCGGCUCCGCCCGCGCCGGCCAGCGAGUCGCGCCGAGGCCGCUCCGGAGCUGCAGCCGCGCCGCCAUGGGCCGGGCUCGGCCGGCCGAGCGCCCGCCGCGCGUCCCGGGGCCGGACGAAGCGCCGCCAAGCCGCCGCGCGCGCGUCAUGGGGCUGCUCGGGGCCCUGCUCGCCGCCGCCACGGCCGCAGCCGCCGCCCGGGCCUUCGCUCGCCACGCGGAGGCCCAAGCGUCUGCCCGGCAGGAGGCUGUGCGCAAGGCCCUGGGGCCCGAAGGCUUCUUCCUCUUCUCCUCAUUGGACACAGACCAGGAUCUCUACAUCAGCCCAGAAGAAUUCAAACCCAUUGCUGAGAAGCUCACGGGGUCUGCUGCAGCCCCCAGCUAUGAGGAGGAGGAGGAGCUGACCGCCGACCCCAGCGAGGAGACACUCACCAUAGAAGCCCGGUUCCAGCCUCUGCGGCCGGAGACGAUGACCAAGAGCAAGGAUGGGUUCCUGGGGGUCUCCCGCCUUGCCCUGGCUGGUCUUCGCAACUGGACCACUGCAGCCUCGCCGAGUGCCGUGUUUGCUGCCCGCCACUUCCGGCCCUUCCUGCCUCCACCAGGCCAGGAGCUGGGUGAGCCCUGGUGGAUCAUUCCCAGCGAGCUAAGUGUCUUCACCGGCUACCUGUCCAACAACCGCUUCUACCCCCCGCCACCCAAGGGCAAGGAGGUCAUCAUCCAUCGGCUCCUGAGCAUGUUCCACCCGCGCCCCUUCGUGAAGACCCGCUUCGCCCCGCAGGGGGCAGUGGCAUGCCUGACCGCCAUCAGCGACUCCUACUACACAGUCAUGUUCCGGAUCCAUGCCGAAUUCCAGCUCAGUGAGCCACCCGAUUUCCCUUUCUGGUUCUCCCCCGGCCAGUUCACUGGCCACAUCAUCCUCUCCAAGGAUGCCACCCAUGUCCGUGACUUCCGCCUCUUCGUGCCCAACCACAGGUCACUGAACGUGGACAUGGAGUGGCUGUACGGGGCCAGUGAGAGCAGCAGCAUGGAGGUGGACAUUGGCUACAUUCCCCAGAUGGAGCUGGAAGCCAUGGGCCCCUCUGUGCCCUCUGUGAUCCUGGAUGAGAACGGCAACAUACUCGCCAGCCGCCCACCCUCGGGAGAGCCCCUCCAGUUCGUGUUUGAGGAGAUCACGUGGCAGCAGGAGCUGAGCUGGGAGGAGGCUGCCCGGCGCCUGGAGGUGGCCAUGUACCCCUUCAAGAAGGUCACCUACCUGCCGUUCACCGAGGCCUUCGACCGGGCCAAGGCUGAGAAGAAGCUGGUGCACUCGAUCCUGCUGUGGGGGGCGCUGGACGACCAGUCCUGCUGAGGUUCGGGGCGAACUCUCCGGGAGACCGUCCUGGAAAGUUCGCCCAUCCUCACCCUGCUCAAUGAGAGCUUUGUCAGUACCUGGUCCCUGGUCAAGGAGCUGGAGGACCUGCAGAACAAGCAGGACAACCCGUCCCAUCGGAAGCUGGCCAGCCUGCACCUGGAGAAGUACAGCUUCCCCGUGGAGAUGAUGAUCUGCCUGCCCAAUGGCACGGUGGUCCACCACAUCAAUGCCAACUACUUCCUGGACAUCACCGCCUUGAAGCCUGAGGACUUGGAGAACAGUGUCUUUGGUUUCUCGUCCACCUUCGAGGACCCGUCCACGACCACCUACUUGCGCUUCCUGCGGGAGGGCCUGCAGCGUGGUCUGCCCCUCCUCCAGCCCUAGCCCUGGCCUGGCUUGAUGACAGAGACGUGUCAGGCGGGCAGGCCUCUCACAGCCCAUCUCAGACUUGGCCUGUGUGCCUCCCCACGGGGCCUGCCAUCAGCCAAGGGUGGUUGCCCUAGGGAGUUGGGAGUGGGAGAACUAGAGGUGCAGGUGGAGGAACUCGGAGCUCAGGCCUGC